AGUAUCGUGCUGCGCGUACGCUGCGCCGCAGCCACUCACUGCUACUCGCAAACGAUUAUUCAAUUCCACAAGUGCAGCUGCAGAGUAACCAGCUCGUCCGGUCAGAAGCUACUUAAACGUGAAUAUUUUGCGAGAAUGGACGUCGAAUCCGGCAAAGACAGUGUAAGCAUCGAGGACUCCAGUCGCGUUGUGUUCUUAGACACAAAAUAUACCAGGAUACAGUCAAUUGCUGGUCGGAUAUGCAGGAGAACAAAGCGAGGCCCACGCGAUAGACCAGCCAUCCUGCGAGGAGCCUGCGGGGCGCUCCGGCCGGGGCGCUUGACUUUCAUCCUCGGGCCAUCGGGGGCAGGGAAAACCACCUUAUUAAAAAUAUUAGCCAAGCGAAAGAAAGCUGGUGUAGAAGGAUUGCUCUACGGUACAGACCGGAACACGGUGUUGGUGGCUCAACAGGCGUCGCUUAUAGACACUCUCACAGGAAAGGAAACCCUAAUAUUUGCAGCCAGCCUCAAGCUUCCCAAUGCUACACCUAGAGAGAGAGAAAACGCGAUCGAGUCGGUGUCAUCGCAGCUCGGUAUGGAGGGUGUACUUGACACAAAAGCUGGUCAAAUGUCAGGAGGCGAAAGGAAGCGACUGACGAUUGCAUGCGAACUACUCACCAAUCCUCUAAUCAUGCUACUGGAUGAGCCUACCAGUGGCUUAGACUCUGUGUCCUCGAUGUCCGUGGCCCGCGCGCUCCGCGACGUCGCCAGCAACGGCCGCAUCGUGGCGUGCGUCAUCCACCAACCAUCUUCCAACCUGUUCACGUCCGCCGACGACGUCAUACUGAUGGCCGAAGGGCGGACGAUAUACGCGGGCGAGAUACAAGAUAUCCCCGACACACUGGCUAAAGCAGGUUAUAGAUGUCCGCAGUACUACAAUAUGGCUGAUUAUUUAUUAGAAAUCGCCAGUGGAGAGCACAUUGGUAAUUUAAGCUACAUAGAGCAAGAAGCUAAAAGUUACACGGUUGAAAUGAAGAAAAUAGCCAAGAACACAGUCUUAAACGGAAACGGAAAAGGUGGGUUUUACGCAACAGAAGACGAGGCUUUACUGAGCGCGUCGCCGGCGCAACCCGCACGGCUCACAGCCGGGCUGUGGAGACAGCUAUGCGCGCUGCUGUGGCGCUGCAGUAUAGGCGCCAUGCGAGACGUACACUUAACACAGAUCCGCCUGGUGUGUCACCUGCUGGUGGCGCUGCUGCUGGGCGCGCUGUACAGCGGCGCGGGCGCGGCCGCCGACCGCAUCGUCACCAACACCGCCUGCCUCUUCUUCUUCCUGCUCUUCCUCUUCUUCUCCAACGCAAUGCCUACUGUUAACACGUUUCCAGCAGAAGCAACGGUGAUCCUUCAGGAACAUUUGAAUAAAUGGUACAGCUUAACAGCAUACUGCAUGUCCAAAAUCAUAAUUGAUCUACCAGUGCAGCUGCUGUGUGCUACGCUGUUCCUGUUUCCGGCGUGGUAUUUGACGUCGCAGCCGAUGGAAUACCACCGGCUGGGCCUAGCCUGGGCUAUCUGCGUUCUCAUCACGAUUCUGGCGCAGACCUUCGGGCUGGUCGUCGGGACGGCGUGUGAUGUCAAGUUGGGAAUGUUCGUAGUACCAGCCGCCAAUAUUCCGAUGCUGAUGUUCUCGGAGUUUUUCAUUCCGUACCACGAGAUGCCGCCAUACUUACAGCCGUUCGCAAACAUAUCGUACUUCCGGUACGCCUUCGAUGCCUUCGUGCAAGCAGCGUACGGCUUCGAGCGAGAACAACUGCCGUGCAACAAAAUAUUCUGCUUGUUCCGAACCCCAAAGGAGUAUCUCGUAUAUCUAGGACUAAAUAGACCUUUCAUAUAUGAUAUCUACGCCUUAUUCAUAUGGAUAGUUUUAUUGCAGAUUUUGUUUGUAUGUGUAUUAAAAUACAGAGUCUACAAGGCAUGUCGAUAGUAUACUAGUA